AUGAAUAUGAUGCCUGAAGAUGAAGACCAACUUUAUAUCACCCUUCAAUUCGAAUUAGCAAAAGCAAUGUCUCCUUGCAUAAUAUGGAUUCCAAACAUUCAUGAUCUGGAUGUGAAUGAGUCAAAUUACUUCUCCCUAGGUCUAUUAGUGAACCUUCUCUCCAGGGAUUAUGAAACUAGAAAUAUUCUUGUUAUUGCUUCGACUCAUAUUCCCCAAAAAGUGGAUCCCGCUCUAAUAGCUCCGAAUAAAUUAAAUACGUGCAUUAAGAUACGAAGGCUUCUUAUUCCACAACAACGAAAGCACUUUUUCACUCUUUCAUAUACUAGGGGAUUUCACUUGGAAAAGAAAAUGUUCCAUACUAAUGGAUUCGGGUCCAUAACCAUGGGUUCCAAUGCACGAGAUCUUGUAGCACUUACCAAUGAGGCCCUAUCGAUUAGUAUUACACAGAAGAAAUCAAUUAUAGAUACUAAUACAAUUAGAUCCGCUCUUCAUAGACAAAUUUGGGAUUUGCGAUCCCAGGUAAGAUCGGUCCAGGAUCAUGGGAUCCUUUUCUAUCAGAUAGGAAGGGCUGUAGCACAAAAUGUACUUUUAAGUAAUUGCCCCAUAGAUCCUAUAUCUAUCUAUAUGAAAAAGAAAUCAUGUAACGAAGUGGAUUUUUAUUUGUACAAUUGGUACUUCGAACUUGGAACGAGCAUGAAGAAAUUAACGAUACUUCUUUAUCUUUUGAGUUGUUCUGCCGGAUCGGUCACUCAAGAUCUUUGGUCUCUACCCGGACCCGAUGAAAAAAAUGGGAUCACUCCUUAUGGACUCGUUGAGAAUGAUUCUGGUCUAGUUCGUGGCCUAUUAGAAGUGGAAGGCGCUCGUGCAUGA